UCGUAAGCCAUGGCGUCAGACGCAACCGCCACGCGCUUCUGCUCCGCCCCUUUCCUCCUUCCCUUUUUCUCCCUUUUGUGGCGGCGCGUGCGCGCCGAGCCCUUUCAGUGCGUGGCGAGCUGUAUGGUAGAGGCGGCUGGGGGCGGGGCUUCUAUAUAUAGUGCGCGGCCGGGGCGGCGGCCUCCCCCUUGUCCCCCGGCCGCUGAAGGUGCUGUUGUGCGUAGUGUGUGUGCUCCGGCCUUCCCCGGGCACACCAGCUCCGCCGCACCAUUUAUUACUAAAAGAAAAAAAAACCUUUAAAAAUCCAAAAAAAAUCUUAAAAGCCCGAAAAAACCAUUAAAAAAAACCCCCCUCGACUACCACCCGCCCCUAUCUGAAACCGGCCGGUUUGGUAUAAAAUAACCCGGUGAAGCGAAGCGAAGUCCCAGACCCGGCGCAGCCGAGAGGAGACCCGCCCAAGCCACUACCAAGAGCAGCAGGAAGAAGAAAAAGAAGAGCCGCCGCCGCUUCCAGGAGCAGCAGCAGCAACAACCCGCUCCUCCUCCUCCUCCCGCCGGCAGCAACGAGCGCUCGAGCGGCCCGCCAACCGUCGCCAACCGCCUCCGCGGAGCCGUUGAAUUUCGAACCCGGCGGCCCGUCGCGGCCUCCUCGGCGCUCGCGAGUCUGCCCUGCCUCCUCGCCCCCCCUCCCCGUCCCCCCGCCAGCAUGAACCCCAGCGCCCCCAGCUACCCGAUGGCCUCGCUCUACGUGGGGGACCUGCACCCCGAUGUCACCGAGGCCAUGCUCUACGAGAAGUUCAGCCCCGCCGGGCCCAUCCUCUCCAUCCGCGUCUGCAGGGACAUGAUCACCCGGCGCUCCCUGGGCUACGCCUAUGUCAACUUCCAGCAGCCCGCCGACGGUGAGGAAUGGGGAGAAGCGGGGGGACGGGACGGGGGAGGGCAGAGAAGCUGCCGUAGCUGGUCGGGCGAUUGAUUCCCUUAUUUUACCCCCACACUUCGAGGAGCGGGCACAUGGGGAAGGAGCGGGUGGGACGGGGACACGUGCGGGGAGGGACGGCGGCGAGGCAUUUCCAGGGACUUUCCGGGCGGAAUUUGCCCGGUCUUGGGGGUGGGGGCUUGGGGGAGGCUGCCCUCCCGGCCUCCGGCUUCCUGUUCCCGGAGCCAUAUUCUCGCACCCCCACGAGGGCCGCCGCGCAUUCCUCCCCUUCCGCUUCUCCCCGCCUCCUCCACGCGAGUCAUCCCCGGAGCAUCCAUUUUACGGAUUAAACGCGGCCCCUCGGAGAGUCCUGAGCCUGCCUCGCGGCGGCGCUUCCCCAUAAGUCUUUUCUCUCAGAGCCCCCUUCUCCCCGACCCCGCAAGGACUCGCCCUCCUUCAUGUGAAAUUAUCGAACAUUUCUGUCCAGAGGGGGAAAUAACUGAGGGUUGGGGGGGGGGAAACACUCGUGUGAGGCCAGCUUCUCCACCGCGUUGUGGAGGAGCCGGGAGAGGCCUCGUGGCGGGGAGGAGCCCCCGCGGCACCCGAGCGGGAGGGAGAAAAGGAGGCCUCGUCAUCGGCUGGGCCUGCUUUUUUGCCACGGGGCCUCCUUCCGCGAAAAGGCCUGGGUCGGCAUCUCGGACCCGGCCCUAGUUUCUCGGAUCACGAGGCAGGGCCCUUAAGUUGGCGCGGGUGGAGUUGGGGGGGGGGAGUCCGCGACCAGGGCGGGCCUGUCGCCUCGCUUCCGCCGGCUCAAUGAGGAAGUUCGAGAUGAGAGGCGCCUUGAAGGAAAUGCCUGGAUAAUUAGGGCCUUAAAUGGCGACGGAGGAACGGGCGCAAGUGGGUCGUGUGCCCGCGCGAAAUAAAACUAGGGCAAGCCACGCUUAAUUAGAAGUUUCUGAAUUGGGCUACUUGGUGCCCUUUGGUCGCGGGUACUAAUUUAUCAGCCUUGCAUGUAAUGAAAAAUCCAACAAAUUGGCGUGGGGGGGGGGAGUCGAUUGUCCACAGACAGGACAGGAAGUUGCAACACCCAUCCCUCUUGCUGGUAAACGGAGUUUUAAGAGCCCAAUAUUGUUGACCAUUGCUGAUGAUGAGGGGAAGGUGAGCAUUUGCCCAGUCAAGACACCAGAAAUGGGAAGGGAGUGGGGUCUUUAAGACACUCUUUCCUAAGCCCAUCUGCUAGUCUUACCUUAAGGCCGACACUUUGAGAGCAGGUGGCCUGCAGUGAUACGUAGAGAAGAAUUGCUUUUUAAAUUUACCUUUGAUGACUUGAAUCAGCUUAGUUUCUAUUAAAUGUCAGACAGUUGUGAUAAUUUUUUGAGGACACAUUGGUCCUACACUAAAUAAUGUCUGCCUUGACAGCUUAUUGCCAAGUUGCAUUAGAGCUCUUAUCUUUAAGUGAGAAAAAUGGGAGAGUGCGUACUUUGGUCCUAAGUUUACACACUUGACAAGAGUAAGCCAAUUCACAUACAUGCAUCUAAACUGUGACCAGGAGUGAGCUUACUUGUAGGUAUUUUUCUCUAAAGUAUUUUGCUAUUUUUUUCUAUCAGCUUCAAAAUAAUUUGUCCUUUCUUCUUCUGGGUGAUCCAUUCAACCAGAGUUCUAGUAAACUCAGUGUAAGAAGUAUUCUACUGAGAUGGAGCAGCAUGUUUUCUUUGUAGACUCUAGUAAAAAAAAAAGACAUUUGUAAAUUCUUCAAGUGAUGCGAAGAAACAUGUUUUCAAUGACCAAUAUUUCUGAGUUCACAGAAAACUUGUUUAAGCAAAAUAAACCUCCUUUGGAGGGGAGAGCUCUUCAACAAUUGUCACUAUUCCAACAUAAAUGCUAGAAUGAACACUGCUAGAAAGGACACUGUCUUUUAUGCUUUUUAAUAAUUUGAAUAAGCAUUCCAGUGGGGGAGGGUUACACUUUUAUAGUGACUACACACUUAAAGCAAUGUUGCAAACAGGAUCACAAGGAAUAGCCAUCCAUGCUUUGCUCUUUGCUGAAUUCUAGCUCCUUAUCCUUAUCCUUCAUUACGGGAUGUAAGCAUGGAAAGGGGCUAUGCUACAGCAGUGCUGUGCUGAGCUGGCAGUUCUCACAGUGCAAUCUGUGCCUAGAGAGAGACAAGCAGAGCUGUUGUCUCAGCGCUGCUUUGUACAAAACAGAGAUGACAGCCUUGGCUGGCUCCGUGUCCUAAGGUGUACAGAAAGCUUUGCAGAGCCAUUACCUUUGCAUCCCUCUCUCCACCAGAGGAAUAGCCAACUGUCAGAGACUGGCUAUUUUUUCCAGCGGGUUGUUAGCUGGGGCUUGCUAUCUGAGUUGAAGAUUCUGCCUCUUUACAGAGCAAUAAGCUUCUUAGGCAGAAAUGCAACUUUUAACUGGGAGUCUCCACUCAAGCUUUUUCAAUCUGCACAGGUAUUUGGUUGCACUGCUUGGCUAACUGAAUUCAUAGCUUGGGUAGUUUGCCAUUCAGAUGCUUACCUAGAGACAGUUGAUUUACAGGAUCAUAUCCAGGAAUCAUGACAUAGGAUUUGUGAUUUAACUGCUUGCAGUAAUUGUGGAAGGUCAGUAAAUACAGAGAAAAGGUUGUAACAGCAUGGACUUCUACAGAUAGCUCCUCUUUAAAUCUUAGCACAUCCAGUUCCUAAGGCUGCCGAAAGCUCCUGGUAAUGCUUGAAUGAGCUGCUUCUCCAGUUGUUUCAUUGCUCUGAGCAGGGACAUGGGUGGGUAGGGAAGAAAGGUGCCACUUGGUUCAUAGAGCCUAACCAGACAUAGUUUUCCUGUUCCUGACAGUUUGCCCCUUCCUUGCCAGGUUAAUUUCUGAGUUUGGGGGGCAGGGAGUCAAUGCAUGGAUCUGAUAUGUAACCCUAUUGCUUGUUGGCAAUCUUCAUGCCAUUAACAGACUUGGGAAGCGGCAUUAUACUGAAUAGGACCAUAGGGUGGUGCUGUCUACAUAUGACUAGCAGCAACUCAAGCUGGGGCCAUUCCCAGUUGUAGCUGGGGCUUCAACCUGGGAACUUCUGUUUUCUAUGGCUUUUCAUCAUAGUACUCUGUCUCAGGAACAUUCUCAUGGAUAAGUCGAAAUGUUGAGCUUCCACUCUGAAAAGUGCAGUAUCAUUUGGGAUUGGGAGAAGUAACACACUUGAGGGUUGAGGAUUUCUCUGCUAACAUCAUUUUGGGACCAUGCAACAGAACUGCAGAAAGCCUAGAGGCACAAGAAUAGAAAAAGAGGUUUGAUGGCUGUGUUUAUGGGACUGUGCUAAAAUAGUGCUGAAAUUCACUUUUGAAAUACAUUUAAAAGUGAAAGCUUGCGGGAGAGAGGUUCUAUUGUACAACCAAAAAUCCUUGCACUAGCAAAACUGCUUUACUGAAUAUUGCCCAUUGUCUUCUCCUUGGAAUGCUUACCCUGGCUCCAAUUUUUACCCCAUUCAUUGGAAUUGCACUGCCUUUCCUGAACAUCACAAAUUAGAACAAAGAUAUUGUAUAUUGUAAGUGGGUGCAAAGACAUUAACAAUUAAUUUUCUUAGUGAUAUCUAUGUGAUAUUUGUGUUGCCUUAAAGAUUUAAAUAAUUUAACACUUACUAACUUCUUUUGCAGCUGAGAGAGCCUUAGAUACUAUGAAUUUCGAUGUCAUUAAAGGCAAGCCAGUGCGUAUCAUGUGGUCUCAGCGUGAUCCAUCUCUACGUAAGAGUGGUGUCGGAAACAUCUUCAUUAAAAACUUGGAUAAGUCAAUUGAUAAUAAAGCUUUGUAUGAUACAUUUUCUGCUUUUGGAAACAUCCUCUCUUGUAAGGUGAGUUGAAAGGAAAAAGAACCUAGAACAGUGAUUCAGCCUUGAAAUUAGCAUAAUUACAUUCCAGUCAUCUGACGUAUCCUAAUAAUUUUCAUAGGUUGUAUGUGAUGAAAAUGGAUCCAAAGGCUAUGGGUUUGUACACUUUGAGACACAAGAAGCUGCAGAAAGAGCUAUUGAAAAAAUGAAUGGAAUGCUGCUUAAUGAUCGUAAAGUGUGAGUUUCCUUAACACUUAAAAAAAAUGUUAAUGCCGAAAUGAAUUUAGAAGAGAGAUUUUAUCAAUUAUAGUUUCUUGCUUGUUGUGUUGGUUCAGUAAUUGGAAAUAUAUGUUCAGAAAACAAAAGGGGGGAAUUAUUUCAUUCAUUGCACAGGAACUGUGAGAGCGACAGUAUGUCACAAUUGGGGGCAGUCAUAGCACAUUGCCAUGUUUUUUCUGGCUGGGGAAGCACAGCAGAGUAGUAUGGCUGCCCCAUUCUGAACAAUCUGUCUUCCAUGACAGAUAGAGAGGCUGGGAGUAGCUUACUCUGCUGUUUCCCUUACCGGGGGAAUAUUGCAGUGUGCUAUGGCAGCAGCUCGCUUGCCAGGAGCUGACACAGGGUAUGGGUAAGCACCAGGCUUUUACUAUAUAAAGUACCUCCUUAAUAGAAAGAAAAUAAUGCCCUGAAUCUUUUCAAAUUUAAGCAGCUUUUCACCUUGCUUUUUUAACUAGGUUUGUUGGAAGGUUUAAAUCUCGUAAAGAACGUGAAGCAGAGCUUGGAGCUCGUGCCAAGGAGUUCACUAAUGUUUACAUCAAGAAUUUUGGAGAGGACAUGGAUGAUGAGAGACUUAAGGAACUCUUUGGCAAGUUUGGUAAUGUCAUUUCCUUUCCAUGUAUUUGAAAAUGAUUUAGGACCUGGUGUGAUCAUAGUGCUUGCACCCAACUGCAGCUUGCCUACCCCAACUCCUGAUAACAACCUGCUUUAUACAGAGUCGGGCUAUUACGGUAUUAACCUUUUAGCUGUAGAUGGCAGGAACUGAGACAGGCACCGUCUGCAACCACUUGUUUGUGCCCUUCUGGAGUGCAGAUUCCUGCCAUUGAUUUCAACCUAUAUGUGUUAGGUUGGCAGCACUAUUGAUUGCCGUUGGAACCAACCAGAGCUUCCUCUUAAGGAUUUGAAACCAAGGUUCCAAACUGGCUUCAGAUCCUUGGAAAUCUGAAGAUCUUGGCAAUGUAACAUGUAAGCUCUGAUAAGGCCAAAAACAAUAGUUUGCUCUCAAGAACAGAAGUAUUAAGGGGAAUACGUGUGAUAACACAGCUGCUUGUUUGUUGUCAUCUUAACAAUUGGUAAGUUAAAUAAAACAAGAAAAAUCAUUACAUUCUUCUACACUGAAAUUAGCCAAAUGAUUUUAUGCAGGGCAGAAUAAAAUCUCUAAUGUGUGUACUUUAAUCUAGCACAAUACCAAAAGCAAGUUUACUGUUGGGUUAGUAAUAAUUGUAAAUUAUAGUCUGUUCAGUCCAUGAUUGCAAUGUUAAUUUUCUUUAAGGAGUUAAUAUUGUAGUAUGUCCAAGAAAUCAAGGCAUUCAUUAUAAAAUGAGAUCAACAAGGCCAACCAGAGUCUGACAUGGCCAUGUAAUUUGUCAGACUACUAAUUUAUAACUAGUUGGGAAAUUAGUCUCCCAAAUGGGUAGCCUUGGCUACAGUUGUCAGUUUAUAAAUAUUCUAAGUUAAAGUGUUGUCUGCUGAAAACAAGCCUUUUUAGAGAAUUAAUUUGAAUCGUUGGUCAUUUGUGCUGUAUUUUAUUAUUUAAAGCUUUUAUUAUACACUGCCAUGAUACCUUUUAAUGAUGUGGUAUAUUAAGAUUAUUAUAAAGAAAAUGUAAAAUAAAAUUUUUGUACUUUUUAGGGCCUGCCUUAAGUGUGAAAGUUAUGACCGAUGAGAGUGGGAAAUCCAAAGGCUUUGGCUUUGUCAGUUUUGAAAGACAUGAGGAUGCUCAGAAAGUAAGUCUAUACAUUUUAUAAGAAUUUGUCAAGUGUUGUGAGUGGUCACUAAUUAACUAAAACGAAUGGUUUUGGACACUCUUAAACAGAAGGUGCCUAAUUUUAAUUUUUAUGUAUCUUUAUAUUAAUUGAUUCUCUUAUAGAUAGUAGGUUUUCUAAAAUAGGUCUAAUAGUGAUCCAAGGAAUAUUAAUCUGUCCUCUAAAUCAAGCGAGGGAGCCUUUGGCCCAUGGUUUGCCAAGUUUCCUCAUUUGACCAAACAGACCUUUCCCAAACUGCCCAUCUACCCCACACCUGAUGUCAAAUGUGAUGUCAGGUGUAGGAUAGGUAGAGACGGAGCUGGAUCCAGUGAUUGGAAAGCAGGACUGAAUUCCCUUUGUUUCAACUGCAGCAUAAAGGGUUCACUCUUGCUUAGUUCAGGAACUCAAAUGAGUUCUCUGGAACCUGCUGAUUCCCCUGAACCUAACAGAAAGCUGGAUGGAACUCCAUGUGCAUCAGCAGGUCCAACCAAUCUACUCACUCAUUUGGUUCAAAUUUGGGCAUUAUGACAUCAGAUGAUAGAUAAAUAGUCCCGCCCACCUGUCAGAGUUGGCUCACAGGGUGAGUGAGGUGCAGAUCUGGCCUACUGGACCAAAACAUCUCCCCAGUCCUGCUGUAAAAUCUGUUGCCAAGUUACUUCUUCAUAUAGUGUUCUUACAGUGUAUUAUUCCCUCUCAUGUGCUAGGAAGAUAGAAGCACACUGCCUCAGUCUGUACAUUCCAUCUACCUAGUUUAUGUGUGUUUAGAUUCCUUGUUUUUUUACUUGCUCUAGCUUUUUGAUUGGGGGACCUGACUUAAUGCUAUGUGGAAUCAACUAUGACAAACAAGUUAAAGUACCUUUUUUAUUUGUGAAGGCUGUAGAUGAGAUGAACGGAAAGGAACUCAAUGGAAAACAAAUAUAUGUUGGUCGAGCUCAGAAAAAAGUAGAAAGACAAACAGAGCUGAAGCGCAAAUUUGAACAAAUGAAGCAGGACAGGAUCACCAGAUACCAGGUAGGAUGUUAAUUGAAUAUUUGGGGGAGGAGAGGUUUAUUGGUGUGAGGGGGGUUCUUGUUUUUAUUAAGUAUUUUGUGGUUUUUAUAUGGUAUUUUUAUGUUGUGAACUGCCCUGAAAUCUAUUGGUGAGGAGUGGUAUACAAAUUAAAUAAAUACAAUUUUUUUAAAAAAAAUAAUCACUGGGUUAUAUGUUCUGCAUACUGAUUGCUUCACCUACUCAAUAUUUCAGGGUGUAAACCUUUAUGUGAAAAACCUCGAUGAUGGAAUUGAUGAUGAGCGCCUACGCAAAGAAUUUUCUCCAUUUGGUACCAUCACUAGUGCAAAGGUAAAUGGCAUUUUAAUCGGCUUUUAGAGUGACUUGUAGGGAGAGUAACUAUCAAAAACUGUUUUUAGUGGUACUUUAAAAUUAGAAGCUUCUUCUCAUUGCAUCUACUUGAAAGUAGAUGCAAUACAGUAGAUACAAUAAAUUCUAUAUACACAUCCAGAUUUGUCUGCAGCAGAACAAAAUCUAUGCUGUUAGAUUUUCAAAAGCGGUUGAUCGGCUUUUAUUUUAAAACUUCAGAGAAAUGAAUGUAGAGCCAGGUUUCACUGUUGUGAACAAAAAGGCACAUUCUGUCUACAGGAGGGUUUUGAUUUUCCACUGUGGAAAAGUGGGAAGUGAGUUUUGUUGAUUCUUCCCUCCUCUCUCAGCACCAUAUCCUACACUUUAACCCUCCAAAGCGGGGGAUUCCGAGGGGGAUGGGGGAAUCUGCAAAAGUUUCCUUAAUUCUGCUGAGAGAGGCAUCCCCUGAAUGAAAAUUCCUAGGUAUGCUUCUGGCAGCAAAAAGAAACCUAACACAUGAUUAAUUAGUUAGAUUAUGUUCAGUCACAAGCUGCAAUAGAAUAUAAUGAAAUAACAUUGUUCAGUGUUCUCUAGGUUGCAUUUUUACGGUUGCAUUUUUAUUUUAUUUUUACAGGUUAUGAUGGAAGGGGGCCGCAGUAAAGGAUUUGGGUUUGUCUGCUUUUCUUCACCAGAAGAAGCAACCAAAGCAGUCACAGAAAUGAAUGGUAGAAUUGUGGCCACCAAACCACUUUAUGUAGCCUUAGCCCAACGUAAAGAAGAACGCCAAGCUCACCUCACCAACCAGUACAUGCAGAGAAUGGCAAGUGUGAGAGCAGUGCCGAAUCCAGUCAUCAACCCGUACCAGCCAGCGCCUCCUUCAGGUUAUGUCAUGGCAGCUAUUCCACAGGUAUUACUUACACUGUGUUCCCUAUUACAUUUACUCUUAUAUUUACUGAGUACAAAUGCGUACAGUUGCAGUGGACUUACUUGACACAUGGUGUGUAUUAAAUGAGCUUUGAGUGUAAAGAUUUAAAAAGCCCAGAUUCUUCUUCUAUAAUAAAGAAUAAUGAGGCAUUUUAAUUUGAAUGGAAUAACUGUUAAUUUCCUAAAGCAUUUUUUUCUGGUACAGCAAAGCACUGAAGCUGACAAAUGAAACAAAUACAUUAUUAAUUUUUUGACAGAUGCAAAACCGUGCUGCAUACUAUCCUACUAGCCAAAUUGCUCCGCUCAGACCAAGUCCUCGCUGGACUACUCAGGGUGCCAGACCUCAUCGUAAGUGACUUACUUUUCUUAGGGAUUUGGGGGGGAGUUUGGAUUUGACCAAAGCUUGAUUUGUGUUGGUUCAGAAAUGCAUACUUACCGUGAAUUAAUUUCAAAUGCAGCUUUCCAGAACAUGCCAAGUGCCAUCCGCCCAGCAGCUCCCAGACCACCAUUCAGUACCAUGAGGCCAGCUUCAUCACAGGUUCCACGAGUAAUGUCAACACAGCGUGUUGGUGAGUUCUGGAGAUCAGUUAUUUUAAGUAUACUGGCUUGGUUGGGCAUGCUGUUAAUUGUCUGAAAAUUGAAAUGUAAUGUGUUUUUAAAAGAGUGUCUUAAGCUAGACUGUGAAAGGAGGUCUGCCGAAAGAGUUUGAAUAGAAUAUGCUGCUUGGCCUGAAAACAGUCUUUUCUUCCAGCAAACACAUCAACACAGACAAUGGGUCCACGUCCAGCUGCUGCUGCCGCCGCUGCUACUCCAGCCGUACGCACGGUUCCUCAGUACAAGUAUGCGGCAGGUGUUCGCAAUCCUCAGCAACACCUUAAUACACAACCUCAGGUUGCUAUGCAGCAGGUAAGCGUAACAGUUAUAGCAGCACUUUUGUAUGGAGUCGGUUAUAUUAAUAGCCAGCACUUGCAGAAUUGGACAUGCCCAAGCCUAUUGAAAACAAUAGGGUUAGGUGGACUUGUAUGGGGUUAGAAAUAGUUUUUCUGAGUGACAACGCAAAUGUAACUUGGAACAUACUUCACAAAUUAUGUACUCCCAUUUUAAUCCUGUUAAAUCUUUUCAAAUUCUAGCCUGCUGUCCAUGUCCAAGGUCAAGAACCUUUGACUGCUUCCAUGUUGGCUUCUGCCCCUCCACAGGAACAAAAGCAGAUGUUGGGUAAGUCCGUAUUUGGCGGAGAGGUGGGGCUCAUGUUGUAAGAGUUGGGGUGUCCGUGCAUGGGGGAGGACAGAUAGCAGCAGCACCAUUUGGCAUGUCUUCCUGAGAAGUCCAAAAAGUUAGGGCUGAGUCCAAUGACCAAUGAGGGCUGGGGAAGUACUGUUGCUGCUUCCUCCAAAUAAUUGUGCAGUAGCACAUGCAGUGAUAGGUGGGCUGUUCAGCAGUUCAGAAAUCAUCUUUGGUUAUAGUUUUUUUUAAUGUAUUUACCCCAAUGUAAGUGUGCUUUUUGAUGCAACUCUGCAGGGCCAGGAUUUCUAGAAAUGUAGCUCUGGGAUUGCUUAGGAAAAGUGGGUCCACUACUGAGGGCCCAGUUAACUCUGAAGGAAGGAGAAAAGAGGGUAUGGAGGAUCCAGGGACUGGGGGAAAGAAUAAAUCUGAAGAGUUUAGAAGCUGGGUGAGCGAACUCCCUGAGUGUGUUAGGGUGGAAGAAGGUAUAAUUGGAGAAAGGGAUGUGAUUUCAUAACCUUACAAAUUAUUAAGUUGAUAAUGGGCAUCUACUAUUAGGAUCUGUGUUUUAACCAUAAAUGUCUGCUUGGCUAAUGAUUAUAGUUUUCCAGUUCUAGUAACUUAGUUGGGUUUAUUCUUUUAAAAAAACUUCUGCCAUUCUGCUAAAGGGGUAAAAAAAUAAUGAUAUGUAGAUGGCUAACGUAUUCAUUUUCAGGCAUGUUAAAAGGAAAUCUAUUUGGAAUAGUAUUAAGAGUCAAAUAUAAACCUUGCAAACUUGUCAACUGUUUUCUAGGCGAACGUCUUUUCCCUCUUAUUCACGCCAUGCACCCUACUCUGGCGGGUAAAAUCACUGGUAUGUUGUUAGAGAUUGACAAUUCUGAACUCCUCCAUAUGCUUGAGUCUCCUGAAUCUCUUCGUUCGAAGGUAGGUGGAUUCUUUGGUCAACUGUAUUUCUUUUAAGUGCAGCUUAUCUAUUAAACUAGGUUGCCUUUACAGCAAUGUUAAUAACAUUGUUUUUAUCUUAACUAGGUUGAUGAAGCUGUAGCCGUACUGCAAGCCCACCAAGCUAAGGAAGCUGCUCAAAAAGCAGUUAACAAUCCAGCGGGUGUUCCAAGUGUCUAAUGUAAGUAUUCUGGAGAAAUGGCUUCAAAUGCAGGCAUAGAUGCACCUGUGUGUGUGAAAUAAAUCUUCUGUCUGGGGAGGAUGACAAGCUAUAGGCGAUGUACCAAAGUUCUGCUCACAGUGAUUCCUAUCUAAUGUUUGUUGGUACUGGAGCAUCAUAAUUACUAACAGUCCCACCUCUGUUGCGGAGAUUGUCAUGCUGAACUGUGGGCUGUUUUCCUUAACUUGCAGUGUGUUCCCUUAAAUACAUUACUACCCAGUGGCGUAGCGUGGGUUGUCAGCACCCGGGGCAAGGCAAGUAAUUUGCACCCCCCACGCUACGCCACUGUUACUACCAUGUCCCCUGUCUGAAUCCUACACAAUCAUGAAUGAAGAUUUCAGUUUCAAAGUGUGGGAAAGCAUUAAUUGUCAGGGAGUACAGGUUUUUUUAAAUUAGAGCUUGUAGAUCAGAGGUUCCCAAUUAGGUAAGUACUGCAAACCCCCUGUUUUUCAAAAGCCAAGUCGCAGACCCUCUGCUUUUGAAAACCUUGAUAUUUCUGUGGUAGUUUUUAUUAUGGUGCCACCAUACCCUCCAACAUGUCCCAGUGCAAAACUGGGUUGCAUGUCUUCCAGGCUACGUUUGUACGCAAGUCACACGACCCCACAUGAGAGUAUGGAACCACUGUUCUAGAUCAAAGAUUAGUAUUCAACUUGCAUUGAAUUUUAACCAAAACUAGGGCUAUCUGUGACAGUCGUAGGGACUGGUAACUUAGCAAAUGGAAAAGAUGUUAGCUGAAUUUUUGCCCUUGUGCAGCGUUAUUGACUAUAGGUUGGGUGAUAUCCAUACCGAGUGUAAACCACUAAAAUCCAUGAACCUUAAGUCUGUUGAUUUCAGCGGGCCUCGAGUAUGACAUUUUGGCAAUUAUCCUAGUGACACUUCUCACCAUACUGUACAAACAAACAGGACUGUGGAAGUUACCUAGCAUGCAAAAAAGAAGUAAAGGAAUUUAUUUCAAUUUUCAUAUCGUUGUCCAAUAAUUUGGUGCAAAAAUGCAAUUCUAAUGCAUGAUUUCUGUAGGCUGACACAGUUUUAUCAGUUCCCUCUUGAUAAAAAGAUAAAGCAAGCUCAUCGCACAUUCCUAUAUUACACCUGAUCCUGGUCAAAGUAUGCUGUUUGGUUUUAAUAAUAUUUAAUAUAAUACAAAUCUGUUUUUCUAAAGGAAAUAUAUUUCAGUAUUAAUAUUUUAAUUCUUUUGGUUACAGAAGAUCUGGGACUACGCAUUAUAAUUUCGCUUCACCGAAGAAAAAUAUCUAAACAUGGAAAAACUACUAAAUAUUGAGAAAAACAUUGCAAAAUAUAAAAUAAAUAAAAAAAGGAAAGGAAACUUUGAAGCUUAUGUACACAACAAAUGCCAGGACUAGCAAAACUGUUGGUCCUAGAUUACCUAUUGAUUUAAAAUACAAAAAAAUAGCAAAAGUUAAAAAAACAAAUUAAUGUUUUAUAAACCCAGGAAAUGAAUUUUCAGCACAGUACAAAAAUUUAAAGCAUUCCUUUCUUUAAUUUUGUAAUUUACUGUGGAAAACGCUCAGAAUAUCACUACUGUUGUAGUUAACAGUAGGAAUUGAUAGCUGAGCAAAAAACCAUAAUUUGGAUUAUAAGAUUCUUGCUUUAAUAAAAAUUCCUUAAACACUGAUCUAAUUGCCAUUUUAUUUCUAUACUUCUAAUGAGAUGUCAACAAUAGAGUUUGGAUGUAGAUCUACAGCAAAUGCAGUUGUGGAUGAGAUUAACCUACAUUGAGCCACCUGUUAAUGGGGUAUCUGUAAGCACUAAAAUGGAUGAACAACUGGAUUCAUCUCUUUUGUAGCUUAAAAUUCUUGACAGCACUUUCUAGAGCUGAAUAUGCAAAUUUUUUUAUUGUAGUGAAAUUUAAAUAGAAAUAUUAUGUUUGUAUGCAUCUUUCUGUUGAGCUGGGGGCAAAAUGAAGUUAAUUAAAUAUGAAUAGGCUUGGAUU